AUGGUGUUUUCUGGAACGAAUCAAACGGCAGGCAAGAUGGCAAAUCGAGACACACGAAGCCAGGAUACUGUGGACAGUGCCGUGUGGCCCGUGGAGAUUUACCUCUGCGGUGGAGCAUGGCUGGCUUUCUUUUCUUCUUCCUCGUCUUCUUCAUCUUCCUUGGGCUCUGAUGUCAGCAUCUCUGUCCAACCUGAUCCAGAAAAAAGGCAGAAGAGUAAAAACAGUCCAGUUCGAAGGAGCAGCAGCAGAAGGAAAAAGAAACGAAAGCAAACACAGUUCAACAAGGGAAAGGGAAAGUUAAUGCUAGUCUAG